UCCCAAAGAUUACACCCAAAACCAUUAGUUUAGCAACAGCCCUAGCCAAAAUGCUUCACAUUCUCUUUCUUGUUGCUCUUUUAAUCGUUCCGUCCUCUCAUGCGGCAGAUUUCUGUGUCGCAAAACUGAAGGGUGCAGGCAGUCCUUCAGGGUAUGCCUGCAGGAACCCUGCACUUGUCACAGCUGAUGAUUUUGUAUUCAGUGGUCUAGGCACUAGUGGCAACACAACAAACAUUAUCAGUGCUGCUGUGACCCCAGCUUUCGUGCAACAAUUUCCGGGUUUAAAUGGCCUGGGGCUGUCUGGUGCCAGGCUAGACCUUGCACCAGGAGGUGUCGUGCCAUUGCACACCCACCCGGCUGCAUCUGAAUUUCUCUUUGUGGUCGAUGGAAAGAUUACUGCUGGAUUCAUUUCCUCUGCGAAUACUGUUUAUACAAAGACUCUUAAGAAAGGUGAUGUUAUGGUGUUUCCACAAGGGUUGCUCCAUUUUCAGAUAAAUGCUGGUGGGAUUCCAUCUCUUGCUAUUGUUACCUUUAACAGCCCUGAACCAGGCCUCCAAAUUCUUGAUUUUGCAUUGUUUGCUAGUAACUUUCCCACUCCAUUGGUGGAGAAAACCACUUUUCUUGAUGAAGCUCAAAUUAAAAAGCUCAAGGGUGUUCUUGGUGGUACUGGUUAGGAUGGCUAGUGUUGUUUAAAGUUUAUUAGUUCAUGUCCAUGUGCCUUCGUUGAUCUGUUUUCGUUGGACUGAUGUGGAUUUCUUCUUUCAGCUAUGGAUUUUUCUUGUUAAUGUUUACCAAUUUAUGCAAUUAUUUGUUAUAAUUUUUA